UGCGAAUUCUAUUUCAGAGUUAACUAAUAACAAAAUUAAAGAAAUCAUAGAUAGUUUUCCCAAGCAAGAAGACAAGUCACCAACUCCUGAAAUUUCAGCGGGGGUAAGCGAAUUAAUCGCACCUAUUCCUAUUACACAUGGCUCUAAUUCUUUAGGUAAUUCAUCAUUCACGCCUCAAAUCACUCCAGCUGAGUCAGAGAAAGGGACUAAUGAAGUUCAGAUAGUCGAUGAUAGUGAUUGUAGCCACGACAAUGAUUCUGAAGAAGAGAGGCUAGAUGAAUCGGAUGAUGAUGGAUAUAAUGGGUACGAUAGAUAUGAUGAAUAUGGUGGAUGCGAUAGAGGCUAUUAUUAUCGUGACGGAAGAUACGAAAGAAAAAGCUCACCAAUGAUGAGUCCUAUUAUCUCACCA